CUCCGUGUCUCUCGCGAAUUUAACUCAUUGAAAGUAAAUCUCGCGCGCGAAUUGCCGUCCCUGACAAUUCCGGAGGGGAGUUUCGUCCGCUCGUUGACGAGAUAUCGUUGAACAGCCGCGCUGACAACGUGAGUAUCUUCUCACGAAACAGUCCUGUCGAGAGUGCCGAGUGCAAAGUGUCGUACAGUGGGUGGCAAAACAACAUAGACACAAUGAAGUCGUGAGCUCAUCAAAUUGUCAUAUCGCGUCUAAACCGUUUUGUAACCUAUUGUACAUAAUGACAGUAGGGACUCGUCGAUGCUAUUAACGGUGAAUCUGGUGUGCGAAUCGUCACCGGGAGUACCGCAAGUAACUGCUCCGUGUUCAUUAUAAGAUCUCAUUAUUAUUAAUAUCGUUAGUAACAAGCAUCGCGCGCAACAAUGCGAGUGCCGGGCGAAGUUGGCGCGCGUCGGUAUUUCGAGAAUCGCAAGAGGCGCGUGAUAUGCAGUGGAUUGCGACAGAUGGCGCCGUCGUCAGUGUGUGUCCGAAAAUCCGCUCGAGCCUCUUACGACUGCGUCUCGUCGGGAUCGAAUCUCGCGCGCGAAUUGUCGUCGCCAGGAGUGCUGGAAAUAAAUCUCUCGCGUACGUCACGACAGAAUAUCUUUGAAUGGUGGAUAGUUUGCGGAACAGCACAUCGGUACUACCGAGCAAAGUGUCAUAUAUAGUGACGGUUGGCUCAUCGAUGUCCUUUACAUCUUGGGCUCAUUAACGGCGAAUCAUCACAGUGAUUGCCGUAAGUAACUGCUGCGAUGCUUAUCGUAACGAGAUAUCAUCAGUCAUGUUCAGCAGAGAAAACUGCUUUGCUACCACUCCGUAGCGAAUAUUCAUGAUUGGAGUAUUCUUGUAAACCUUUGACAAGCCCGGACAGACGUACCAGAAACGUUCGCUACGGAGCGGUAGUGGAACAGUUUUCUCCGUUGAACGUGACCAUUGAAAUACCAUCAACAGUGAGCAUCUCGUGCAACGGCAUCGCGAGUGCCGAGCAAAGUUUGCGCGCGUCGUUAUUUUGAGAAUCGCAAGAGGCGCGUGAUAUGUACAGUAAACUGCGACAGAUGGCGCCGUCGCCAGUACGUGUCCGAAAAUCCUCUCGGGUCUCUCGCGGCUUCGUCUCGUCAAGAUCGAAUCCCGCGCGCGAAUUGUCGUCGCCGGGAGUGUCGGAAAUAAGUCUGUGUACGUUACGACGGAAUAUCGUUGAAUGGUGGACAUUUCGCGAAACGGUCCAUCGAAAUCACCAAGUAAAGUGCCGAGCAAAGUGCCGCGCUUCCACUGCGUUAUAACGGUAAGAAGUUUCAAGUCGUUGUCGUUCGCGUUUAUGACUCGUCGAGAGUUUCGCGACUGAAGUACCGUCGGGAGCGCCGAGAUUGAGUCUCGCGCGGUGAAUUAUCGUUGCCGAGAGUGCCGAAAGUAAAUUUCGCGCAUUGUAACGGAAUAUCGUGAAAUAGCGGAACUGUCCAUUGAGAGGGCUGAACAAAGUGCCGCGUAUUUAUCGUGUCCUAACGCUCUGAAAUUCGUAUCGUCGCCAUUUCCGUUUACGACUCGCCGAGAAUUUCGAGCGUAAAAUAUUACCGGGAGUGCCGAAAAUGAGUCUCGCGCGUGUCUCGUAACGAGACCUUUACACGGCUGCGGAACAUGCCAUCCGGUCAUCAUUAGGAAUACGUCGUGCGAGGAGUAUGGAAAAUUGGGAGUCCAGGUUGCUGCGCUGUAUACCGACGACUCGCCGUAAAAAAUCUCUCGCGUCGGCCGCAGCGGGACGGACGAGCCGAGCUCGCUCGCUCGCUCGCUCGAGAAAGUCACCCUUCUUUCGAGGCGCGAGAAACGAAUCAGCCGUCGACCCGUCAUCGUGAGCUGCUACCAUCCGGCGCAACAGACACCAGCUGAAAGAAGAACAACCAUUUUCCGAUCAAGGUGGAUCCUUUAGGACGAUAGAGGCAGAGAGAAAGAGAGAGAGAGACAGAGAAAGAAAGGGAGAGAGAGGCAGUGCGCAAAGCGCUGUUAAAUCGAUACUCGUUCGAAGAGUGUUGACGCAGCUCGCGAGUCAGCUGAGAUCCUCGUCACUCGCUCACUGGUAGACGCACAUACAACGAACUGGAGUAUGUAGUAACGGCUGAUGUUUUGGUUACGACACAGUUGUAUUGCGCGUCCUUUUUUCGUAAUCACGGUCCUACGUGCUUGGCGGGGAGCGAGUGUAUGUUUACGUGCGAGAGUCGUCUCGUUGCUGAAAGUCAGUCGGCGCGGCGCAGAGUCAUUAUUAAGAGCUCUGCUCGUGAGUUGGCUCGUCUGCGAGUAAUUCGCGAGAUCGACUGCGUGCUUGAAAUACGCAAAAACGUCGCGAAGAUCGCUAUCGGUCAACGUCAUUGAUCCUUGGUAGAUGCGUGACGCAUCUAUAGUCGACGAGACUUAUAUGGAGUAGCCGACGAGAACACAGCUCGACAAAGAUCCUCCGACGACAAAGUCGGUGGGGGGAGGGAGAAGCGAUAAGGGGACGAACGAGACUGCGUCAGGUGGAACUCCCUCGUCACUCUCCGAGUACCAGGAAAUCGCGAUAAGAUAGCGGCGUUCGCUCGUAAACAGUUGCGUUCGGAGCGCCGACGACGACGGAGGCAGGCCUGGGGGAUCACUGGGAGUCGUGAAACGCAAUUGCGGCAACGACCUGACCGCCUCGGGAAAGGAGAGCUCGUCCCGAUCGGGCUCGAAACGGUCGCGCGCGUUUUCAAGCGAAUCAUUGACAGCAGCAGCGAGAGCGUGUCGCAAGAUCGACGCGUCGUCACCGCUGGAAAAGGGAACCCCGUUUGCUUGCACAACUCGCGCGCUCGCUUUAUCGCGCUAUUAAGGAUCUCGCGAGGAGAGCGAGGAGCCGAGAGCUGGUCGUGCCGGGCGGUUACGUUCGCCCCGCUAGAAAACGACGAGGUGGAGCGCGGCGCGACGGGAGAGGCGCCUAUUUAUCAACCGCCAGGGUUUUCUUCAAAGUCGCGCGGGAAUUAAUAGGGAAGAAGCUGCCGCGGACGCCUCCGGUCCGCGCGACGCUGCCGCGCGAUUAACAGCUUCGUAUCUAAGCGGUGACGACGUCGGGUGGCGCGGUAUUAAUUGAUAAUCGCGAUUAAGCAGCCGGACGCGAGGUGGAAGACGCAGCGCGAGGAGAGCCGCUGGCGGAGAUACCUUCGCGUUGGCGUAUAUCGGCCAAAGCGACGUUUUCCGCGUCGGCUACUCGUCGUAACUCCUCGUUCAGCGCGGAGAGGAUCCCGAACCAAUGCUCCGCGAUUGGAGCACUUAGCACCUCUGCAGUCCCAUCGUCGAGAGGAUUAAUCAACGCCUGAACCAUUAAACUGCAACAAUUAAAUAUCACGAGAGAAGAGGAGCAGAAGGACGACGAAAAAGGUGGCCGUCCGCGUUCGCGUUGUUAAGAACGAAACUUGGUGGAACGCGUCGGAAAUUAAUUACCGAUUCGUAAUCGCCGUGCUCUCGCCCGGGAAAUCGAGCGGCGAUGACUUGAGCCGGUGAUUGAUAGGAUAAUCGAUUGUUAAGCGCGAGUGUGUCGCGAUUGUCGCGCGAGUGCCCGACAAGGACACGUCCGGCCCUUACGCGCGACUAGGUCAGUGUCCCCGUCGAGAAGAGGACCUGGGGAUGUGAGAAGAGUGCGGUAAAAGAGUGCAAAGUGAUAUAAUUGGUGCGCCCGCGGAGGUGUGUGUGAUGCCAGACCGAAUGAUACUUAACCCACGCAGCUGAUGACAAACGUAAACAGGAUCAAGGUGGUCGUCCUCGGCGGCCCCAGAGUCGGCAAGUCAGCCGUCGUUGUGCGGUACCUGACGAGGCGAUACAUCGGCGAGUACAGCUCGACCAGCGAUUUCCUCUAUCGACACAGCGUCACUAUCGACAAUGUCACGACGGAAGUCGAGAUUCUGGACACCUCCAGGUGCGAGGAGAACGGCUGCCUGUACUCGCACAUACGAUGGGGCGAGGCCUUCGUCGUGGUCUACAGCGUGACAUGUAAGCGUAGCUUUCAGGAAGCCAGGGGACUUCUCAAGCAACUCGCGGAUCUACGCCUGCCGUCCUAUUUCACCGCCCUCCUGCUCGGCAACAAGAGAGAUCUGGAUCACGCUCGAGAGGUGUGCGUGGACGAAGGCCAACAACUAUCAUUGGCGCACGGAUGUCAGUUUUACGAGGUGAGCGCCGCGGAGAGUCCCGCGGGAGCGGCAUUGGCCUUUCAAGCGCUCCUGCGGGAGGCGAGGUCGGUGCAGCUGCUGCGAGCGUUGCCGAUCCGCAGGAAGCUGGGUGUGCACUCGGUGUCGAGGGUCCUCGGCACAAUCUUCGGCAAGAACACCACGAAGGAUCGCAAGAAGAGGCCGUCGUUGAGCAUAUGACGCCUCCUAGGCGCCCUCCUCCUCGGAGGACGAGACGAGCCGGGCAGAAGGACCGACAUCGUCGUCCUCAGCAGCAACGUCUACUCGAGUCGCUGACGAGGUCCUCGGCAGGAAUGAGUCGCCGCCGAUUUCAAUUUACUAUGAAUCUCCCUUCGAUCUUGUGCCUUUCCGAAGAGACUGAUCGCGCGAUCGUAUGAGAUACGAUGACGAUCUCGCAAGCGCCCUUUCGGACGAGAGCGAGACAUCUCGAAAAGCGCGCUCGGCAUGAGGGCGAUCAAGCUCACACAGUCCCGCAGCGUUCAGGAUCUGAAGCUACGUGGAUGCAAGACUGAUUUUCCGACGCCAUGAUGGCGCGGCUCGUCCGAGGCCACGCGAGGACCCGCAACCCGAGAGUACGUCUGAGGUCUUCCAAUAACCGGGACGACGAUUCUUCUGGGUUCCCAAGACAUCCGGCCUGCGAGAAGGUCGUUCCGCUCGUCCGGAGGGCGAGAUCAGUCCCCCUGAAGAGAAGAACUGCUGCGAGUGUUCGCGAUCCUGUUUCCAGCGCGGCGUUGAAACGCGUCCUCGAGACGCGAGCGAGCAGAGCGAGUCAACGCCUCCUGACUGCUCAACGAUCGCUACUUUUUCUUUCCCUUGGAAUACAUCGCGGUGACAUCUCGCAGUGAUCAUGAGUGACCGGCGAAGUUGUUCCUGAACACGGCGUUAGUCCUCUUAAGACGAUCGACGGAGAACGAUUCUUCCGGUUGCGCCAACGCAACCGGUUCCGCGAGUGCAAAUUUUAUAAUUUGGUACGCAUAACACCUUGCAACACACUCACUCGGUAUUUAAGUUAUUACGUUGCUAACUCUAAACAGUAUAAGCCGCCUCGCUCUCGUCGUUUUCGCUAUAUGUACAAACGUUCCGCGCGUUUCAAGAGACACCCAGCAGGUAGACGAAAGCGACAAAAGCGUUAUCACGGCCUCUCAUUUCCUUCUCGUAUUCCCAAAAAUUCUCCUCUCACGAGCGAAACGGAUUAUACUGUCUGGAGUUUGUUUAAUUUCUAUCUUCUUGUGUCUCUUUCGAUGCUCCCGAACGAAACCCGUGAGUCUUUCAAAUUUCUCUGCUCCCACCGAGUGGAGCAGAUAGCAAUUCGAUUCGAUUUCCUGCCUACCGCCUUAGCUGUCUCUCGAGGGGUGCUCGCGAUCGGCUCGCCGAGAGCGGCACCUUCGUCGCCGGGCGUGAUUGAUUCGAUGACUUAAAUGUUCCUAAAGAAAGUAGCCUAAGUGUAAAUAGCGUACACGUUCGCUUACGAUACUCCGCGGAGGGAUUCUUCGUGGAGACUCGAGUAAUCGUUAAGACUUGCAAUACGAGAGAAGAGAAAUAAUGAGUGCGAUUGUUGAAACGCCGAGCCCGUUAAAAGUCGUCGUUGCCGACUGAUCGAGUGAUCAGGACGACAACGAGCACAAUCGAGAAUCUCGUUUCGGAGGUUUCGUGCCGAAAGACAAUUCACUCGCGAUUUUAUCGCACGUAGCUUUUGCAUCUCGAAUUCCGAACGCUAUUCCACACGUUUGCGAUGGCGAACAUCCUUUUUCUUAUGUCCACAUUAUCAAACUUCAAGUCUGUUUUACACAAUUACAUAGAAAAAAAAUAAAAUGUAAGCUUUGGGAAAACUUACUCGUAAGUAAACCGCGAACCUCAGAUCGUAGAAGAAAUGGAAACGACUUUUAAUGGGCUAACAAGUGUCAACGAUCGUUCGAAUGGCUGCCAUGUUACGUUCUUCGGUGACGACAGACCGAUUGUCUCGUCCACUACUUACCAUAGAAAGUCGUCGGACGUUUGCCUUUUCGCUAAGCUCCACAGUUCGCGCGUCGACGUUUUGUAAAGUCGUUCGCUUUUCUACGACCAGCAUAGAGACUACGAUCGACUGUAAGGUUCGCGUAGUUCGUAAACGCUUUCAGUGUCUUCCGAACGACGUAAAGCUCGUCACGCGACGUUCUCUUUCGCUAGAAACCGCUGUGCUCCUCGGAGGACGGAAGAAACGACCGGAUACGCACACGUUGGUCGAUUAACGAGCAGCGAAUUGCGCUUUUUUGUCUUUUUAUUCUUUUUUUUUUUUAGCGCGUCGGUCUCUAGCGGAAGAAGAGCGCGCGUGGGUCGAGCUUUCAAGAGUUCCUCGCCUCGAAGCGAGGCAGGGCUCAGCAGCGAAGUGCGUAUCUCUCUUCUCGCGAUACAUUCCACUUGAAAAUUAGCGUCUAAUGUGUGUGAGUGCGUAAUUCGAUUCCAGGCAGAUCGUCGCUGUAUUCGAAGUGCUAGUCACUUGUUAUCGAGAGGAGAUAAUAAUAAAGGAGCGUCUUUUGUGUUAA